AUGAGUGACCUCGGCACGAAGCCCGCUGCUUCUUACCAUGAGAAUGGUUACCUUCUACUACGCGCCGACGAGCAUAAACUCGUCGAACCCACAGAGCUCAAGCAAUGGACGCAAGAAGUCCAAACCUGGCCCCGUGUCAAGGGCAAAUGGAUGCCCUACGACGAAAUCAACAUCAACGGUGAACGCCAACUGAUGCGCACGGAAAGGUUCAUUGAUUACCACCCCAAGUUCAAGUCACUGGUCUGCGGCGAGCAGCUGGCCGGGAUUCUGAAGGCAGAUAUGUUGCUCUUCAAAGAGAAGAUCAACUACAAACAGCCCCAAGGAAACGGAUUCCAAGUGCACCUCGAUGCACCAGCCUACGAUCACAUCGGUCGUAUCGAACACGUUACCGCCAACAUAUCUAUUGAUGCUGUGACUCCCGAAAACGGAUGUCUGGAGGUUGUGCGCGGGUCACACAAGAUGAAAGUUGAAUUUGCAGAUGCUGGUCGAAUUACGCCUGAAUGGGAGAACGCGCACGAAUGGACUUCCGUUCCACUUAAUGCUGAUCUUUGGGUCACAUCUCGCCCAUCGCUCGGCUGA